GGAACAUUUCAAAGGGUCAGUAACUUCACCCACAUGGCUAUGUGUCUGGAGUUACUUAUUGGACAGAAAAUGGAAGAACAAUAGUUUGCUUCCUGAAAGGACAUGAGUGAAUCAUAUCGGUUUUAUGCAGAGAAAUGUAUAAUGCCCUGCUUUGUCAUGUUUCCUGAUCAAUUAACUGUCUGUGGAACUGUAGAUCUAUAGACUGAGUUUUGCUAAUGGAGACCACAACAGUUCAAGAAGAUGGCUCAUCACUACCUUCUCAAGGACAUUUGGGGAUAGACAACAAAUACUGGACUUGCCAGUGAUCCCCAGAAGGAUUGCCUUACGCUACAUCAGAGAGUCCAGAGUGGAUCGAUACAGAGAUAGAUCCUGACCACCAAACAAGGAACAACUGCACAAUUGUCAGAAGCCAUCCAGCCUUGCACCGUGAAACUAUUAUCUGGAAAUCAACUAGAUUAAGGGAGCUUUGACACAUCAUCAGAUCUAAAACUGGUCAGCGGUGUGGAGCCUUCCAUCAGAACCAACCUUUCUAAAGGUUCGGCUGUGGGUGAUCGGUCAGGGUGAGGUUGUGAAGAUGUGUGAGGGAUUCUAAAUAUGUUGAGAGCUACAAGAAUCACUGACUCAUUCAACCAGGACAGAGGCUGUUCUAAUGUGAGGUGAAUGAAGAGGUCUCCACAGGCUUAGAAAAUCUCCUCAUAUGCAAAGAGAGCAACAUGCAAGAGAAACCAUUCAAGUGUGACAUGUGUGACCAAGCUUUCAGACUGUCAUCAGCACUUGUGACUCAUCAACACAUUCACACUGAGAAGAAGUUGUUCAAAUAUGACCUGAUCACUCAACAAUCUGCUCACACGAGGAAGAAAUCAUUCACGUGUGAGGUGUGUAACAAAUCAUUCUCACGGUCAUCAGAUCUUCGCACACACCAGCGCACUCACACAGGGGAGAAACCCUUCACGUGUGAAGUAUGUGACAAAUCAUUCUCAAAAUCCGGAAACCUCCACAUACACCAGCGCAUUCACACCGGGGAGAAACCAUACACUUGUAACAUUUGUGGCCAAUCAUUCUCCCAGUUAUGGCAACUUCACAGACACCAGCGCGUCCACACAGGAGAGAAACCAUUCAUGUGCGAAGUUUGUCACAAAUCGUUCUCUUAUUCAUCAGUGCUGCGCAUUCACCAACGCAUCCAUACAGGUGAGAAACCAUUCCACUGCAAGGUGUGUGACAAAUCAUUCACAUGCUCAGGCGCUCUCCGUACGCAUCAACUCACCCAUACAGGGGAGAAACCAUUCCUGUGCAACAUGUGUGACAAAUCGUUCUCAUGGCCAUCAGAACUUCAUUCACACCAGCGCACUCACACAGGGGAGAAACCCUUCACGUGUGAAAUCUGUGACAAAUCAUUCUCAAAAUCCGGAAACCUCCACAUACACCAGCGCAUUCACACUGCGGAGAAACCAAACACUUGUAACAUUUGUGACCAAACAUUCUCCCAGUUUUGGAAACUUUGCAGACACCAACGUAUUCACACAGGAGAGAAACCAUUUGCAUGCAAAGUGUGUGACAAGUCAUUCUCUUAUUCAACAGCCCUACACGUUCAUCAACGUACUCACACAGGAGAGAAACCAUUCACAUGCGAAGUGUGUGACAAAUCAUUCUCUUAUUCAUCAGCCCUCCACAUUCACCAACGCAUCCAUACAGGAGAGAAACCAUUCACGUGCAAGGUCUGUGACAAAUCAUUCACAUGCUCAAGUGUUCUCCGUACACAUCAACUCACCCACACAGGGGAGAAACCAUUCCUGUGCAACGUGUGUGAUAAAUCGUUCUCACGAUCAUCUACGCUCCAUGCUCACUACCAGAUCCACACUGGGGAAAAGCCAUACAUGUGUGAGAUAUGUGAUAAAUCAUUCUCCCAGUUAGGGAAUCUCCACAGACACAGACGCACUCACACAGGGGAGAAACCGUACAAGUGCGAGGAGUGUGACAAAGCAUUCUCUGACCCAUCGACCUUGCUGCUCCAUCAGAGAACACACACGGGGGAGAAACCCUACACAUGUGAAGUGUGCAGCAAAUCCUUCUCACAGUUAGCGACCCUCCGCAGGCACCAACGUACACACACGGGGGAGAAAGCGUUCACAUGCGAGGUGUGUGACAAACCAUUCUCUGACUCAUCAAGACUCCUGCUCCAUCAGAGAAUUCACACAGAGGAGAAACCAUACAUGUGUGAGAUGUGCGACAAAUCAUUCUGUCAGUUAGCACACCUCCGCAGGCACCAACACACUCAUACGGGAAAAAGGCGUUACAUGUGACUUAUGGGGCAUAUCAUUCUUAGUCUCACCACCAACAUGAACAGAUGACUUUUCUCUGAUUGGUUACCUCCAUGCAUUUUCCAUGUGAUGAUUUUCAGGUUGAACCAGGCAUCGCCUCUGUGUAUUUUGAACAUUGGUGUUUCAGGGUAAAGUGAGCCAGUUCUCAGUACUGGGUGUGGGGUAAAGUGGGAUCUUACUUUAGCUGACGAGGUGAAUUAUAUACGGAUCCUCAUCAGGUGUCAAGUGUUUGAUGAAUACCAUGGGGAAUGUUUGUACUCACCUGUCUGAGAGGACUACUAUCUUGAAUAUGUGAGUGGGGAUGAGUCUGUACAGACCUGAGUUCCCUCAGCCUACGAUAUCUCAAUGAAUUACUGGUGAGGUAUGAUCACGUUACACUCUUUCAACAUUUAUGGCAUGAUCUGGAAACAGUCUUGAGUCAUUUUUCAAAUAGUCAUAGAGAUGUACAGGAUGAAAUAGAGACUUUGGUCCAACUCGUCUAUGCCAACCAGAUAACCUGAAUUGAACUCGCCUCAUUUGGCUGCACUUGGCCCAUAUCCCUGUAAAUCCUUCCUAUUCAUUUACCCAUCCAGAUGCCAUUUACAUGUCAUUCUACCAGCCUCCACCACUUCCUCUGAAAGCUCAUUCCAUACAUGCACUACCUUUGAUUGAAAAAGUUACCCCAUAGGUCCCUUCUAAAUCUUUCUUCUCUCACCGUAAUGAGAGUUUUAUAUAAGCUGAAUUAUUGUGUUGAUGUUUAUCUGCUGAUUCAUCAAUCUUCUGUGUAGAUUUAUUCAAUAAAUUAAACCCAAACAAACUA